CUAUACGUAGGGCCACAGUAGCUAGACAAUUUGUACCUGCCUUUGUAGGAGUUGCAUUGGAAUGCAAGUCUCUCUUGGAUGGCAUUUUAGAAUACCUCCCUUGCCCACUUGAAGUCAACGUUACUGCGGUUGAUCACGACAAAUAUGAAAAGAAGGUAAUGCUGAGUGGAAAUCCAGAGGAAUCGCUAGUGGGAUUAGUUUUUUCAUCCGAGGACUGUUUAGAAAAACAACAUUCUCCAAUGUUUUCAUACAUAAGGCUAUUCGAGGGUUUGGAAAAAAAAGGGUCUCGUAUUCUAAAUGUCACCACAGACGAAAUGUUUGAGAUAAAUCUCUUGUUCCGUGUGUCUUGGGAUGGGCUAAAGGAAGUUGAAUGUGCACUUGCAGGAGAUAUUGUGGCUACCUCUGGUGUAUAUUUUGCGCCAGGUGACACAAUUACAGUUGGGACCGUCGACUACUCCAUUCCAUGCGCAAGAGGUCUGUCCCUCCGUCCGAUCGAAGUGGGAGCUUUCCACAAAAUGUUCAGUCUCGUUCUCGGAGGGAGCAGCUGCUGCAUUAGGACGGCGGAGUCUCUACAUUGUGUCAGCAUAAAGACAGGACUGGAGAUGGCAAUGAGGCACAAUCUGAUCUCUGCUUAUUGCCAAAAUCGGAAGCUUGAGGGCAUGAUAGAAGUCUUGAAAUUUACCGAUGAUUUCAACAGGAAACUUCUCAACACCUUGAUACAUGCCUUUGCUAGGACAUACCCAGUGUAUUCGCUUAUGUGUUUCCGGAAGCUUCUUCAUGUAGGUUCACCUACCAGUGUCUCAUUCAGGGGUUUGAUUAGAGCAUAUCGGCUAGUUGAUUUGACAGCUAAGAGGAGAUUGGAAUUAGCGAAUGAGAACAUUAUUGAGUAUAUGAAAACUCAUAAAGUUCUUGUUGAGAGGAGACACAAGGUAGCAUUGGUCGACAUGAUAUUAGGAGGUGGGUUGAUAGAUGAAGCACACAAGAAGAUGAAGGAAGAAAAGCUACAUUUAGAUGAAAAAAUAAUUACCUCUUUCCUGCACGCCUACACAGCUACUAAAGAUCACACAGUUCCAAAAGAGAAGGAUCCAGUGAAGAUAGAAAAGAAGCUCAAGAAGAACGUGGCGCAAUGUAAAAUUUUUGUGGCUGAGUUGGAAGAACAAGGAAUCCACUACACAAUUAACGAGUCUCUUCGAAGUAGGCUUAAAGAAGCGAAAAUCGUACUCGGGUCAAAUGUUUUAUCUGGACCAGAAUACAGGUUUGUCUGUGGGAGAGAGACAGAUGAAGAAGUUCCAGACUGUUAGAAACUGCAUGAAAUAGCUGGGGAAGAAGCUCUUUUGGGUGGAAGAAACUGCAGAAUGUUUAAUUUUUAGAUGGAAAAUUACGUUUUGUUGGGGUUCUGAUGGACGUGAUUUAGUUCCCAUAGCAAUAUUUUGACAUCAAUUUGUCUAUCUGUCAUCAGGGAUUUAUGUUGCAGAAACUUUAUAACAAUUGGGAUGAAUCGGAUUUAUGAUGAUGAGGAUAUUUUGCACAGCAUCA